AUGAAAUCCCCACUCUCCGCCAUCGUCCUCCUCCCGCUCGCCCUGAACGCCGCAACCGCCGCCCCGGCGGAAGACAGCAGCAGCCUCACGGCCCGCGGCAGUGGCGGAGGCAAGGAAGCCAACCCCUGCCAGGUCCGCGUGUCCUACCCCUACUACAAGUUCCCUUGCGCGUCGAGCCCGGAGAACGGAACGUCCAUUCUCGGGGCGACGUUUACUUCGUUCUGUUACUAUGAGAACGGCGAGGAGUCCGGCAAGUGGUUCAAGACGCCCCGGGGAUGGGUUAAGGAUGAGGAUAAGCCCAGGCGGUGCGAUGGAUCGACGGUUGAGUGCGUGAUCUAGGGCUUCGAUAUUGAGCUGAGGCUCUCUGGUCGCGCUACGAAGGUGUAGGAGGGCUUCUGUAUGCUCUUGAAAUGUACGAGCCGAAGCAACCGCUCUUUAUACAGGUUGGGGAGGGAUAGGCGAUUAUCUUGUUGUGUUUUUAUUUAAUUGGAGUGGACGGUAUAGUGCUUAAUCAUAUCGUGCUACGGGGAGACACUCUUGGGAGG